AUGUCUAGUGAUAGACUAAGAGAUAAUUUUCAAGAACUUCUUCGAACGUUUCAUAAGUGGCCAACAUCAACAAUUGAAAAAAGUGUUCUCGUUCAAAUACUUCAAGAAUUUCAGCAAAACAAUCCUGAAUUAAAGAAUAUUUAUUAUGAUGUGUCUUCUCCAAUUAUAUCUCAUCAUGUUUCCAAUCAUAAGAAUAAUGAAUAUUCAUGUAUCGAUGCGUAUGAAACAUCUCUGAAUCAAUUUAGUGCUCCAACAAAUUUCACUCAGACAUCUAUACCCAAUGAAAUUCUUCAUACUAAAAAAGAACGAAGUUUAUCAUCGUCGAAUAACACUCUAGUUAAAGAAGGUGAAUUAACUGUUCGAAAAAGUUCAACGGUUCUGUCACCUUUAGUCAAAAAAGGUGGAUUUAAAACAGUUCGUGGAGAAUUGUCUUAUGCAUGUCGAGACAAGGAAAAAAUCGUUCAUUUAAGCGUUUAUCAAAAGGGGAAAAGUCAGAAUAUGAUUCAUACGUUUGUUUUAGACAAUACUUGUUCGUUCGUAUAUGGAAGUAAAAAAGAAUUUGAAUUCAAACAUAGUUCAGGUAUCGAAUAUUUUACAACUGAAACUGGCACUGCUAAUUCAUGGAUUGAUGCAUUAAGCGAAACGGUUAGCGAUCAGAGUACAGAUUUUGAAGAAAUCUACGAAAAUCCCGAUGCUUUGGAUUCAACAUCGAUACCUACGACUUUAGAGUAUCUUACUGAAACUCCUGUUCGAGUACCGCCUCGGCCAACACAAUUUUCAAGUGGCGUUCUCCCUAAGAAUAUUUAUGUUUGUCUCUAUGACUAUCAUCCAACAACUGGUGAUUCUCAUGAGCUUAGUUUCAAUCGAGGUGACCUUCUGUAUAUUAUCAAUACAGAUGGACCUAAUUUUUAUAUCGGUCGUCAAUUCACAUUUCAUUCACAAGGUCAUUUUCCGAAUCCUAUCGGUCUUGUAUUUAAAGAUUAUAUUCGAUCAGCAUAUGAGAAAGUUCAUUCGUAA